AUGGGCGCCCCGGUCGGUGCCUUCUGUGCGAGACUUCGUAGGACCGCGACUUUCAGAGGCAGCGAGGCAGCGGGCCCAUCCCAGACCAGCGAGAGCCUGCAUUCUUUCUCUCUCUCCCUUUACUUCGUAACAAUCAUUCCUGUCCUCUCUGGGCUAGCCUCAAGGAGGGCGGGGGUGCCGUUCUGCCUCGGGCCGCCUGGCGCCCUCUGCCAAGUACCUGUUCCGGGGGGCGACGGGGCAGGUUGGGGGACUGGGACGGAGCUGCAGCGCGCCAGGGCCAGAGGGGCUGCCCGGGUCAUCCCACCCGGUAGGGGGAGGCUGUCUUUGCCGAAGGAGUCGCGCUGGGGGAUCGCCGCUCGCCUGAGUGCCCGGAGUCUCUGGUCAGUAUUGGCCCUGGGAGAGUGGGUUCCCAGUCUCGUGGAGCUGACGAAACGGGUCCAACGAGCACCAAACGCAAAGGCGACCAUCCUGCCGCCCAGCCAGGGGCUCCUUCUCCCCUCGGGCCUCUCUCUUUUCUGCAGCAACCUGCGGGUUUCCAGCUCACUCGGCAGCCUCGCCGAGCCCAGAGCGCCGGGAAGCGGAGGAGAGCAGAAGCCGGACGGGUGGCGCCUCCAGGCUGCGGCCACGCUAGGCUGGGGAAAGCCGCGGUGCCCUCGCCCUUCCUCGCCUCCUGCCAAAUGGCAAGUGUGUCUCAGCACCCUCUGGGUUCGAUUCUCUUCCAUUCACAUUAGGCGGCAAGCGUCUCUUUCUCACACCUCCCCCUCAGAAAUACUCAGAAAAAAAAAAAAAAAAUCCCAACUGUGAGAUCCCUGCUGCCCCGCAGGUUGGACUCUCAAGCCUUUGCUUUCUGGACCCUACAUGCUGUUGUCUAGAUAGGGACCAGGUUUAAAACUCCUGAUGUGCAGGACACAUGCACAUACUUGCAAGUAACAGCACUCUCCGAUUUUUACAAAUAUGGUUUCUAGGAAAGUUUGCUGUUCAUUUCAUUACCCAGGCUCUCCAUCGCUCCUUUCCCUGUAACCUCCGCCCUUAAGAGGCCAGAGUUCUGCUUCAAAUGAAAAGCAAGCCAAGGCCACCUCAGUCCCUUCUCCCUGGAGAUUCCCUCUCUAAACAGCUGCCUGUUUUUAAAGGCGAGGGACCGAGUCCUGCAAUUUGUCCUGGAUUGGCGCAGGGAACACGCGGGCUGGAAACUGAGGGCUUUGCUGUGGGGUUUGCGGCAGGGGAAGGAGGAGGGAGCAAAUGUCAUGGCUGGCUCGCUCGAGCAGCCAGGGAACCGGAGCUGAGCGUAUCCUGACGGGCUUUUAAAAUGACAUUGAUUGGGACAAGCUGUUCCCCACCCUGGUAAGAGUUAAUCUGCCUGUUAAUCAAGGCACUAAGGGGCUCAAUGCGAGUUUUAUUAGCGAUUGGAGAACAGAGGCGGCAGCGAGGGAUCAAAAGCGGAGAUCCCAGAUACUGGCCAGCCCCGUCACCAAAAAAAAAAAAAAAAAAGUAUUAUCAAUUAGGAAACAAUUCGACGCUUUUCAUCACUUCCUAACUCAGUUUCACAGAUAGUGACUUACAAACCUGACUAGCGGGGAAAACCAAAGCCGAGGAGCGACCCGGGGCGAGAGGCGGGGGGGAGGAGCUGCGGGUUGGCUCCACCGAGUUCGGCCCUCGAGAGUUUUGAGAAAACUCAGCCCGGGGCCCUGAAGCCUCAGAUUCAUUCCUCCCGAGAGCAGAGAGAAUGAUGAAUAAAACAAUAAAUAUCGCCACUGAUAUCGACACCCAUCUCUCCGUGCAACUCCCCACUGCUCCAGCCGGGCUCCAGCGCACGGUGGCGUCUGGCCCCCAGCGCGCCGCAGCGGGGCGGGCCGGAAAGUUUGCGCAGCGAGAAGGACUCUCCUUCCGUCUCUCCAGCGCUGCCCCCUUCUGCCCCGGAGGGGUGUUUGGUACCCUUCGGCUUUCCUUUAAAAUUCUAAAAUAAAUAAACGUCCAGACCUUGGGGAAAUUUGAAUAGUAACUGAUUCAAUAAUCCAAAUUAUAUGAGUGGAUCUGAGAGAAAAAAUAAACAAGCCAACUGCAUGUGCCCUCUGAUCAAAGACAGGGGACGGAGAAGGCGACAGAGGAGGUCCCCGGCUCGCCCUGGGCGCGGGGCGAGGACUCUGGUCAGAGGUAAUUAUGUCAGUGCGUUUUCUCGCCGUGACAGCCGAAUAAACACAAUCUCCAAUAAACAUCUCUAAUGAGGGAGGAGGCCCGAGGA